AUGAAGCUGUGCCCACACAGUAGGACGGUUCACGCCGUCUAUCGUGCUUGUACCCUCCGAUACUCAGAUGAGUCCUUCUCCAUUGCUGACCUCUCCAUUGCAGACGUCUCUGUGGCGCCCCAUGUGGAACUAACCCCUUACCUAACUCGGUAUUAUAGAGACACUUACGAAUCUUGGCACAACGGAGUCUUACUCAUAGGGUACGUGGUGGACACAGCCAGCAUGAACCAAAUGAGGUUCGAACUGAUUCGUCGACUCACGGUGAAGGCUAGUCAAGCAGCCGAGCGGAUAGCCGAGGGCACGGAUCGGUUCACCGACACGCAAUGGGUGCGGGCGGUGGUGCAGUGCACGAGGGACCUUCUGCCAAGUGAGUGCACACACGGCCUCUCCAACUACACCGAUCAGCUGCCGCGAUUGUUCCCGAACAACAGUGGCGGUGCCAUCAAGGGGUACACCUGCUACUUGGGUUAUGCCAUCCUUGCUGACAGGCCAUCAUCGAUGCAACUCGAUAGGUACCGGUACAGUGAGAGCUAUGCGAGGGAGAUGUCGGCCGAGGAGUUGGAGCGCAUGAGAAAACGACGAAAGGUGGCUAUCAUCGUCGGCCUUACUGUUGGUUCUGUAGCAGUGGUGAUCUUCAUGAUCAGCCUAUUGGUUUGGUUCCUUUUGAACUGGUGGAGAAGGCGGAUUGCGAGGCUCGAGCAUGUCUGGCCGUCGUGGAAUGGAUGUCGAUGA